AGUCUCGGCUGUCUCCGUAACACUCUUUAUCCUCAAAAAGGGAGAGCAGAAGAGGACACAUUCAGAGUUGGGUUCGGAUGGAUGGACCGCCAUUAUUUGGACAUAGACACUUUCGCCCUCACGUAGAAUGCUUGACGUUUAAAGCCACGCGAGGCCCAGAUUGCAUGUGAUUUGACUACGAAACUGGAUGUUGUGUGUCACUGUUAAGGCAUCGCUGCAUGCUGUCUGCACACGAUGAAAUCAGCAUUUCAUGACAACAACAAAGGACAUUUUAAUUUAUCAAAACCAACGUGGUUAGGCCGGAAGAAGGUAUUAAAACAAGCCGGUUUUCUCCUCGGAAACAACGGGUCUCCAAGAAAGGACAUUUCUUUGUUUGGAUAUGUUUAGCCGUCAGUGUAUUUUCAGACCGGCUUCUGUAACUUACCAAUGACAAAAAUAUUCUUUGAAACUGCAAGCCACUAAAACACGCGGUCAAAGUUGCCCCUAGAAUUUCAUCUUCCAUGCAAACUUAGCGUUUUGCUUUUUUGCAUUUUUCUGUUUUUUAACAACACGACCGAUCCCGGGUUGGCCUCUGCGAGGAAAGAGGGAUUCAGAAGGGAACGGAGAAAGGUACUGGUUAAACCCCAAUUUCUGCCUUUGCUUUCAGUUCUUCAGUGCCCUUUGUAACCAUCUCUGAUUGGUCAGCACUAAUUUGAGCAAGCCGCUUUCUUGACCUGAAAGGAUGAUUGAAACAUUGUCCCCAAAGCCUCAGUUGUAAAUCAUAUACCCUGAUCAACAUUUUAUGGACACGUUCCAAAGAGUCUGCCACUGUCAAACUUGGGCCAUAACAAGAUGAAUGCCUGCAUACGAUGAUGAUGGCUAAAAAGCAAGAAUCCCGGAUGCCUAUCUACAACCUCGUUGUUGUUGGCCUGUCGGGUACUGAGAAGGAAAAAGGCCAAUGUGGAGUCGGCAAAUCUUGCCUUUGUAACCGUUUUGUCCGUCCCAGUGCGGACGACUUUCAUCUAGAUCACACUUCUGUGCUAAGCACCAGUGAUUUUGGGGGCCGGGUUGUCAACAAUGACCAUUUCCUGUUUUGGGGAGAAGUGGGACGAGUUUUGGAAGAUGGUGCAGAAAGUAGGAUGCAUGUUGUUGAGCAGACAGAAUUCAUCGAUGACCAGACGUUCCAGCCCCAUCGCAGCACAGCUUUGCAGCCAUACAUCAAAAGAGCUGCUUCCACCAAACUGGCUUCUGCCGAAAAACUCAUGUACUUCUGCACUGAUCAGUUGGGGCUAGAGCAGGAUUUUGAACAAAAGCAAAUGCCUGAAGGCAAGUUGCAGGUGGAUGGCUUUCUGCUUUGUGUGGAUGUGAGUCGCGGUAUGAAUCGCAACUUUGAUGAUCAAAUGAAGUUUGUCACCAACUUGUACAAUCACUUAAGCAAGACUAAAAAGCCUAUUGUACUGGUUCUCACCAAGUGUGAUGAAGGUGUUGAGCGAUACAUUAAGGAUUCUCAUACUUUUGCAAUUACAAAAAAGAACUUGCCGGUUGUCGAGACUUCCGCGCGGUCUAAUGUCAAUGUUGACAUGGCUUUCCUCACCUUGAUCCAGCUCAUAGAUAAGGGUAGAAGUAAGCCCAAAAUUAUACCUUAUUUUGAAGCACUAAAACAUCAGAGUCAACUGAUUGCCUCUGCGAAGGACCGCUAUGAAUGGUUGGUGAACCACAUUGUUAAGAAUCACAAAGAAACUUGGCCCAACAUCAGCCGAAGAAUGCAGACAUCACCUGAGUACAAGGAGUAUGUAUUUCUAGAAGGAACAGGUAAAGCAAAAAAGCUUUUUCAACAACAUAUUCACCGUCUGAAGCAGGAGCAUAUUGAAAGGCGUCGCAAAGGAUACCUAAGCACUCUACCACUUGCCUUGAGUAGCUUGGUGUCUGAGUUGGAUGAAAUUGAGCAUUUGAGCUGGUCUGGGGUGCAGAAGGUCCUUGAGUCUAAAAAGGACUUUGACCAUUGGUUUGUGGUAUUGGAGGAUGCACCAUGGGAAGAGACACCACAUCUUGACAACAUGGAGGAUGAGCGCAUCCCCUUUGAUGUUUUGGAUACAACAGCUGCUGAAAUAAUCUUUGAUGCACACCUUGAACACCUGCGCAAUGAAUGCAAGCGUGCCCAGAUGCGUCAUGAGUUCAAAGCAAAAUUGGCAUCUUCACCCUUUGUUACCCCUGGCAAGCCCUGGGAGGAAGCCCGGAGCUUCAUCAUGAACGAAGACUUUUACCAGUGGCUUGAGGAGGCAGUAUAUUUGGACAUUUAUAACCGGCACCAAAAAGCAAUCAUAGACAAGGCGAAAGAGGAUUUUCAGGAGCUCCUACUGGAGUACUCUGAGCUUUUCUAUGAACUUGAGGUGGAUGCCAAACCUAGUAAAGAAAAGAUGGGAGCAAUUCAAGAGGUGUUGGGUGAAGAGCAACGCUUCAAGGCACUGCAGAAAUUGCAAGCUGAGAGAGAUGCUUUGGUUUUAAAGCAUAUCCAUUUUGUGUAUCACCCUACUAAGGAAACAUGCCCCAACUGCCCACACUGUGUUGACAACAAAAUUGAGCAAAUGUUAGCUUUGUGCUUCCCUGCACAAUACCCUUCUUUUGGAAAGUCACAUAUGAUUGAUGUAAAGAUAGAUAGGAUUAAUCUUGUUAUCCUGGGCAAAGAUGGUCUAGCAAGAGAACUGGCCAAUGAGAUUCGGGCAUUAUGUACCAAUGAUGAUCAUUACUUGCUUGAAGGUAGAAUGUAUGAGCUUGUCCUUCGACCCAUUGAGGGCAAUGUAAGACUUCCUGUGAACUCAUUUCAUACAGCCACAUUCACUCCCCAUGGAUGCCUGUGUUUGUACAAUUCAAAAGAAUCCUUGUCAUAUAUUGUUGAAAGUAUCGAGAAAUUGCGAGACUCUACACUUGGCAGAAGGGAUAACCAUAUUGCUCAACUUCCUCUCUCGCUCUUGUUAAUAACCAAAAGAGGCGUGGGAGGACUAGGAGACAUUGGUGGGGAGACUGCCCAAGCUUUAAUAUCACAGGGUCAGCAGGUAUCAAUAAAACUGCAAUGUAACUUCCUGGAACCAGCCUCCCCAGGCAGCGGCUAUGGUCGAAAUUUGAACGAAAGGCAGAUCAAUCAGGUCUUGAAAUCUCUACUUGAAAUGAGGAGGACUUCGACAUUUCGUAGUGGUUCACCACCUGCACCUCCACUGCCUCCAUGUAUUAGAGACUUAAAGCAGGACCAGAGCCCAGAGGCUGAUUUGCGUAUUGUCAUGUGCUUAAUGUGUGGAGACUCUUAUGACACUGAUCACCUUCUUGCGCCGUUCCUGCUCCCUCAGCACUGCAAGCCGACGUCUCCCCAGGCAAGUGGCCCUUCAGUGCUGCUUGAACAGACAUUUGGUGGAAACAAGUUUACAAUUGAGCUAUCCCUAAUGGCAUACCAUGCUGCUUUUGCCACACGUAAAAGUAGGUUGGUGCAUGGUUAUAUUGCUGCCUACUCUCCAUGUCGCAAGGCCUCUUUUGAAACCCUGUGUGCCUUCUUGUGUGAGGUUCAAGACAUCAUCCCUGUUCAACUGCUUGCAGUGGGAGAAACUCAGAGUGAGCUUCUAGACACCGCUCAUGAGUUCUUAGUCCAAGGUGAGGAUCUGGCCCAUGAAAUUGAGGGACGUUUUUGUAGUACAGUCUGUGGCCCUGGCGGAGGACUACACAAAAUAGACCUCUUGGAACAAUUUUUUGCAGAAGUGUUAGAGAAGAGAACCAUUGUUGAGGCCAGUCAUCUGUAUGAAAAUGUUCCAGAAGCUUCAAGCACAAAUGAGAAUGUGUAUUCUCCACACUGUGGCUCCCCAAGCCCCGUCACAAUGCUGUUAGAUUCUGAGGAGGACAUGGAAGCUUCACCGCCUUACCAUGAUGGCACACUCACCUCUCAUGGUGGGUUCAAACUGCCUGACUUGGAUUCAGGUGACACAUUCUCUGUAAUCUCUGACCUUAGCACCUUUGAGAACAAGCUAAACAAUAAAAUCCCUCCUCAAGUGAGGCCAAAACCAAGUGUCACUUUUGACCUCAGAAAACCAAAUUUCAACCCCUAUAUAGAUUCAGUCAGCCAUCGGCGGUCUCUUACAUCGAAUGUGACAUGGCCUAUUGGAGGAGAAUAUGAUCCUUCAGACUAUGCUGAACCAGUGGAUGCUGUAUCAAAGCCACGGCCCAACUACGAGGACAGCAUUUACUCUGUGCCACAUGACAGCACACAGGGCAAAAUCAUUACAAUCCGGAAUUCCAAUAGGAUGCACUCUAAUGGAGGAGGCAAUGGUUCAGACAGUGAAGGGGAUGGCAGCUCUUUGGAAAGACGUCGCAAGUUCUCUGCAGCAAGGGCGAAGCCGCGACUCUACCGUGAUCGUUCCAAACGGCUGGGGAAGUUCAGCAAUUUCCGCACCAGCUUUUCUAUUGGUAGCGAUGAUGAGAUUGGCACACUUACAAGGUCAAAAGACGAUGAUGUUUCCGGAUUGAAGGGAGACACACUUAACGAAGAAGGAGAGGAUCCCAAAAAGAGGAACAUACUGAAAAGUCUUCGCCGACCAGGCAAAAAAUCAAGACCAAAGCCCCGUCAUUCAAUCUCUAAGCCUUUGGAGAGUACUUACUUUGGUGUGCCUCUGGUUAACGUAGUUUCCUUUGAACGACCUAUUCCACUUUUCAUUGACAAGUGUAUCCGUUAUAUUGAAGCUACAGGUUUGACAACAGAGGGUAUCUACAGAGUAAGUGGAAAUAAGUCAGAGAUAGAGACCUUGCAAAGACAGUUUGAACAGGACCACAAUCUGGAUCUAGUGGAAAAGGACUAUACUGUGAACACAGUUGCCGGGGCAUUGAAAAGUUUCUUCUCAGAGCUGCCGGAUCCUCUGAUUCCUUAUAGCUCACAGGUGGAGCUGAUCGAAGCGUUCAAAAUUAAUGACAGGGAACAGAGGCUGCACACUAUGAAGGAUGUGUUGAGGCGAUUUCCUAGGGAGAAUUUUGAUGUCUUCAAAUAUGUUAUGAGCCAUCUAAACAAGGUUAGUCAGUGGAACAGAGUCAACUUAAUGACCAGUGAAAAUCUGUCCAUCUGUUUCUGGCCAACACUGAUGCGGCCAGACUUUACCUCUAUGGAUGCUCUGACAGCUACUCGCACCUACCAGACAAUCAUCGAGACAUUUAUUCAUCAGUGUGCUUUCUUCUUUUACAACCAACCUCCUGCUGAAUCACCCACUGGCCUCUUCACACCUGCUGGACCGCUGGUGCCCUCUGGAUUGCCCCCAUCCCCCACAGCCGCACCUUCUUAUUGCCCUCCAACCUCACGUUUUUCCCCUCUUUUGCACUCACCCCCACAUUCUCCCCCUCAGAGCCCACACACAGCCCCUACAGAACCACAAACGCUGUGAGUAUAAGGGGAAAAGUUGCCUGCAGUUUAGUAAACUUGACACACAAAGUACAAUGCAUGCUUACACAGCUACAUAUACAUAUUCUACAUAAAAGACCUUAACACAUAGCCUGUUUAGGUCAGUGCUAUAUGUAAAAAAAGUGUACUGGGCUUUCAGUACAUCUGUUUGGGACCUACACAAAUAAUACCACCAUACACCAGAUGAACAUCUGUGCGAUUAACUGAACAAUCUGUGUAACCUACAAUGGUGUUUUGAGAUCACCAUGUCAACUUUGAAAAUUAUGGACAUAAACUACAUCAGAGUGUAUAAAGAUGCUCUAAUCAGAAAAGAAAUGAAGAGUACUUUUGAAAUUUGCUGUUCUCUUGCUCAUCAGUACUCGGUUAUGUUCAUUUUAUAGCAUUAACUGUUCCGUGUCCCCAUAUCUUUUCUCUCUGAAUACACCUGUACACCAUAUGAAACUGUUGUAUAGGACAUUACAGUCAUGAAAAAAAUCAUGAAGCGCUUACUCAUUGUCCGGCUUUUUGUUUACAUUUCUUUUGGGGAGAACAAUUGAAUGAACAUUUUUUUUUAUUGAAUGAGAUCACAUUAUUAUCUUCAACAAUAAUUCAUCAUUGAUUCAUAUCCCAUUCCUCAUUAAGUUAAACGGACUCUAUUAUUGAAAACAUUUCUGAAAAGAUAAAUGGAGCAUUAAUUUUGCAGGACACGUUUGUCCUUGCUUCCAACACUUGGAAGGUUUGACACCUGAUAAACCAGAAUGUGAUGUUGAUGAGGUUUUGUUUUGAUGAAUGGCUCCUGUGGAUCUCUGCUCAUAAAUUCAGCUAAUGCAGAGUGCGUGCCCUUUCCUUUGAAGGCUGAGAUUUAAAUGGCAGUGAAAUCACAGGGGAAUGCUCUUCGUGAGUGCUGGUGAGGGGCUUGAGAUCACGGAGAACGCAGAUUAACUCAGACCCUUAAACUUUAGCCUUUGAAUCAGCUAUUCAAAACCCUGACACCUUAAUUUUGGAAUCGGUUUUAAAAACACGAGGUCUUGAAGGCCUGUUGCCCUGUCUGUCUGUUUUAAAAACUCCAUUGUUUUAACUUGAGCUAAAGCACUUUUUUGUCUGUGAACUGCAACACUGAAUAAUUUUUGGUUCUACUUGUUGCCACUGUUCAUUGAACGUUCAAGGUGAAUGUGAAUCGAUAAGACUCAUUGAGAUUUAAGUCCCAGACUAAAGUUCACUUUUGAUGUUUUUUGUUCUUGAAUAUGUCUUUGUCUGCUGUUGGUAUGUUCCUGGACUUUGUACAGCCUUAUGUUUGGACCUUAUGACCUUAUGAAGUCACAAUUCUUCAUAGUCAUCUCCAUGUAGCUGGAUCAGAAUGACAACUUUUCCAUCUCCUAUUCUGUCUAAACUCUUCUGGACAAAUUCAUGAUGUAUAAAGAUUCAUUAGCUCAUUGUGUGUAGAUUGUAUGAAUAAUACCUUUUACUCUUGAACCAUGAAGGACUUUACUUCAUUACUGUACGUUUUGCUUGAAAUGCCACUGCUUCCUGCUUCUAUCCAGCCAAGGUAGAAAAGUUGAAGUACCAAAGUAGUGCAAGGUGGCUGAUGAGGGUUCAACACCAGACCAAUAUUUUCGUGACUGGGAUGGGGAAGAGCAUGUCAACUCAGAUACUUGACAAACACACUUAUUAUGCUCAACCCAUAAUGAAUGAUUUAGCAUUUUUGCUUAUUAUCCACUUUCUUUGUAUUUGCUGCUUUUCUACCAGGCUGAACAAACCUGAAGUUAUUUCAGCAUUACUUGAAGUAAACAAUUUCCUUUCAUAUUGUGAUUUUCAGCGAACAGUGUGAGAACUGUAGAAUUCCUAGCUACAGCCAUCCAUUUUUGUUAUACCUAAAUGCAAGUUCUCUUCGAGCUGUAGUGUGCUUAGUCAAGAAAAUUGUGAUUAACCGAGAUGGUUAAUGAAAUGAGAUAUUUUCAGGAAUGCCACUGUACUCUUAUUGUGUUUAUGUAAAAAUAGAGCUGCUUCUGGUUUCUUUGUUUUAGAUUUUAUUUACGACUGAAAAAAAUCUGGAAAUAUUUGUUUUUUUCUUUCCUUGUUUUAAAAAAAACGUAAUUUGAAGUACUAGCAACAGCCCAGUGAUUAAUGCUUUUUGUUAACCUUUACUGUGGGUGGAAUGUUUUUACCCUGGAAUCUAAAACUAUGAGCCUGGAGGCAAUUCUCCGGUAGUUGUGAGAGUUUCUGGUAUGCCACCAUUGAUUGUUUAUUGUGUAUAUAAAGGUUCAUGAAAUUCUCACGCUUCAAAGUAGCUUCCAUUUAACAAAGCUUUGUCAAAAUGACUGGAUGUGAUAAUUUUUUACAUGGUUUGUGUUUAAAUUCUACAAAACCAGAUUUCAAAGUUUGACUUGGUUCAGCUGUAUUUCUUUUAUUUAAUCACAUGGUGUCGGCAAUGUCAAUUAUUUGACUCUUUACUCCUUGUGAAUUAAUGUUUUGCUACCCUUCUCACAUUUUCAUCUGCUGAUAUGUGGCUGUUGACCUGAAAAUAUUAGCACAUUUUCAUAAUGAAAAGACUAGUUUACCCUAAAACUGAAGUUCUGCCAUUUGCUUAUCCUCAUGUUGUUCCACAGCUAUAUAUAAUGAUCCUGUGAAACACAUUAAGACGUACUCUGUUACACUCUAAAAAGAAAAAUAUUUUGGCUGUGUUCCAUAGAAGAAAGUAAUAUGGGCUUGCAUUGAUAUGAAGGUGAGUAAAUGAUUUUUUUGUGUGUAUGUGCUCUAAUCUUUUAAAGUUCUGUUGGUGAUAAAUCGUUGGUAAAAACAGGAUAAAAAAUUAAAAACUGACACUACAUGA